AUGAACCGCCUGUUUGGAGCAAAAAGCACUGGGCCCAAGCCCACCCUCGCAGGCGCAAUCUCCAACGUCGACGCCCGCAUAGAGACCAUCGAUGUGAAGCUCGCCAAGCUCAACGCCGAGCUCACCACUUACCAGCAACGUCUGGCGAAGAUGCGCGACGGCCCCGGAAAGAGCGCCAUCAAGCAAAAGGCCCUCAAAGUCCUCCAGCAGCGCAAGAUGUACGAGGGCCAGCGCGAUCAACUACAGUCACAGUCAUGGAACAUGGAGCAGGCCGGCAUGAUGCAGGACAACCUGAAGAACACCAUGACAACCGUGGACGCCAUGAAGACGACCACCAAGGAGUUGCGCAAGCAGUAUGGCAAGGUCAACAUCGACAAGAUCGAAAAAAUGCAGGAUGAAAUGGCCGAUCUGAUGGACAUUGGCAACGACAUUCAAGAGAGCAUAAGUCGUAGCUAUGACGUGCCCGAGGAUGUGGACGAGGCAGAACUUGAUGCCGAGCUGGAGGCUUUGGGCGAAGAAGUGGAGCUGGACGGGCUCGGUGAGUCUGAAGGCAUGCCCAGUUUCAUGGUCGACGAAACGAGAGCACCCCAAUUCAUCGACGAGCCCCCGGAGCCGGCGAAUAAGGUCAAGGAAGCCGCCGGCUGA